AUGGCAACAGUGGGUGUGGUCAUCUUGUCCCUCCUGCUCAUAGUGCAGUCUCUGGCCUCUGCUGAUGUUUUCUGCGACAAUGUUAAGGCCAUUGCUGCCACCCUCUCGAAGAACACCUCUUCUUCCCCGGUACACUUCGCAACCACCAACUUUGGCCUAGCCCCUAACGUGGUCUACGCCUUCGCGCUCUGCCGUGGCGACGUUGUCAGUGACUCUGCCUGUGGCCAAUGCGUCGCCAACACGUUCAACAUGCUGCUGAAACUGACUCCACCACCGCAGCAGCAGUGCUUCAAUGGCUAUGUGUAUUAUGGGGAAUGUAUCGUCAUGUACUCCUACAAGGAGGAUGACAUCCUCUGGCCCGCUGAUUGGUGGAAUACCACGGACUACAACACGACGGCGGAGUGGUGGAACGUAAAGAAUAUCACUGUUGAUGUCCCCCUCAUUACGGGCCUCAUCCAUGAGCUGCUAGUGAAGACCAUCGAAAAGGUGGUCGUCACGGUGAAGCCAAGGUGGUACGCCACAGGCAUCAUGGACAGCCGUACGACCUUCCCAUUGGUGUAUUCCUCAGCGCAGUGCACGCCAGACCUGUCCGCAGGCGACUGUUUGGCGUGCCUGCAUCGCCUUCUCGCCAGAGUCAACUCCACCAUGUCCUUACGCAUUGGAGGUCAGAUAUAUUUCAGACGUUGUUAUUUCAGGUACGAGUCCUCUAGUUUCUAUAAGGGUAUACCCAUGCUGAAUGUCAGCGCACCAUCGCCGGUGCUAGCGUUGUCUCCAACCCAACACAAGAGACCCAUGAGCACGAUGUGGGCAAUUCCCAUAGCUGUACUUCCUCUAGCAGCAGCAGCAUUUCUCUCCUUCAGUUGUUAUUCUCGUUGGCUCACAAGGCAAAGAAAGGGUAUGCUUAUAAGAUCAAGACAUGCUCUGAAUUUUGAGGGAGACGACCAUCUAGUUUGGGGAGCUAAGAAUUCAGAGUUCUCCUUCUUUGACUUUGAACAGCUACUGGACGCCACAAAUAACUUUUCAGAAGAAUACAAACUUGGACAAGGUGGCUUUGGCACCGUUUACAAGGGAAAGCUUCCUGGGGGACUAGAGAUAGCAGUGAAGAGACUUGCUUCAAAUUCAGGCCAAGGUUUCAUAGAGUUCAACAAUGAAGUCCAGCUCAUAGCCAGACUCCAGCAUAGGAAUUUGGUUAGACUCUUGGGAUGUUGCUCUCAACAGGAGGAGAAAAUAUUGGUGUAUGAAUACUUGACAAACAAAAGCCUGGAUUUCUACAUCUUUGAUGAAAACAGAAGAGCUCUAUUGGAUUGGUCCAAACUUGUAGCAAUAAUUGAAGGAGUUGCACAUGGACUUCUUUACCUCCAUAAGCACUCCCGGUUGCUUGUCAUACAUAGAGAUCUUAAACCAAGCAACAUUCUCUUGGAUAAUGAAAUGAAUCCGAAAAUUUCAGAUUUCGGGCUAGCAAGAAUAUUAAGCUCGAAAGGAAACACUACAAGAAGAGUGGUUGGUACAUAUGGCUACAUGGCACCCGAAUAUGCAUCGGAGGGCGUAUUCUCUAUUAAAUCCGAUGUUUUCAGCUUUGGUGUUGUUAUUUUUGAGAUCCUUAGUGGAACACGGAAUUCGAGUAGACAUCAAUGUGGAGAUUACAUCAACCUACUUGGACAUGCAUGGCAGUUAUGGGAAGAAGGAAGAUGGAUUGAUCUUGUGAAUGCAUCAUUGUCCCGCGAGAAUCAUUCAAUAAAGAUUAUGAGGUGCAUUAACAUAGCAUUGUUGUGUGUACAAGAGAAUGCGGCUGAUCGACCAAAUAUGGUAGAUAUUGUUGCAAUGCUAAGCAAUGACACUAUGAUCAUGGCUAAGCCUAAUAAGCCAGCACAUUUCAAUGUAAGGGUGGCAGAUGAAGAGGCGUCUACUACUCCAGUGGCAUGCAGUAUUAAUUAUUUGACCUUAUCUACCAUAAUUCCUAGACAGUAG